GCGAGAGCGCAAUCGGUCGGAAAUCACUUCACUCUCACAUAGGCUAUCCACAGUAUACACGCGCGCGGUGAGCUGCGGCAAGAGCGCGAGCCCCGGCGUUCUCAGUAACACUGAAUGGUGAACUGGUGAUGAGAGCACGCGCACUGGACACUACCGGACAUAGCCUUGGAAGAUUUUUCUGUUUUCACUUUUACGCACAGACAGUUGUUGACUGAAGGUUGAAGUUUUUGGUGGAUGUUGUCGUGUGGAAUUGGAAGUUUCGGGAUGCUGUGAGCCCGGUCCGGAGUAGCGCUGGUUCGGGGUUUCCUUUCGUGCGCAAAGAGAGGACACUUCUCUCUGAUGUGUAUAUCUACCAUCAGCCAAGUUGCGCGCUCUUAUUUUCUGACGUGACACUUUUCGCUACAGUUCUAGCGGACCCUUCGUGUUAAAAAGAGGAAUUUUAAGGAAAACCAAGAGACCUGACAGCGGAAAAGGGUACUGUUUUUGUAUCGACAGUAUUGCGGUGGUGCUGAAUUUUGGAUUUCCAAAGCGCUUGAUUUGUGGCGUGCAAAGGGAAACGCGGCUCUCUGUCCGACUCCAUCGGUCAAGACUAGCCUACAACUGAGAGGAGUAACUAUCCGUUAAGCAACAGACUGAUGAUGUGCCAGAGUGCCAAUGCAAUGUGGUCACGGUGGAGUGCCAUGCUAGUGUGGAUUUUCCUUCUCCUCUGUUGCUCUGCAAAUGUUGUCAGCACCAUCAUCUACCAGGUGACUGAGGAGCAGCCGCCUAACACACUGAUUGGCAGCUUGGCAUCUGACCAGGGCCUGCCAGACACUGGUCACCUUUACAAGCUUGAGGUGGGCGCUCCUUACCUCCGUGUGGAUGGCAAAACAGGGGAUAUCUACACCACAGAGACCCCGAUCGAUCGUGAGACUCUCAAGGACUGUCGCAACCUUUUCGAGGGCGAUCCUUGUUUCUUAGAAUUUGAGGUAUCUAUUACAGACCUGAUGAAAGGCACAGGACCUCGACUCAUCGAAGGCCGCAUCGAGAUCUUGGAUGAGAAUGACAACACUCCACAGUUCUCUUCACCCGUCUUGACAUUGUCGAUCCCGGAGAACACGCACGUCGGUGCGCUUUUUGCCAUACCUGUGGCCACUGACAAGGAUUCUGGAAGCAAUGGCAUUGCCGAUUAUGCGCUAACAACUGGCCCUGAAGCUGCCAACCUUUUCAGCCUGCAGGUGGCGCAAGACUCAGAUGAGAAAUUGCCACAGCUCAUUGUAUUGGGAAACCUGGAUAGAGAGCAGCGAGAUUCAUAUGACCUCAACAUAAAAGUGGUCGAUGGUGGCUCUCCACCCCGCCAGAGUAGCGCCCUGCUCAGGAUCACCAUUACAGAUGCCAAUGACAACGUGCCCAAAUUUGAGAAGUCACAUUAUGAGGGUGAGCUCCCCGAAAACAGCCCAGUGGGUCAUUCUGUUCUACAAGUGAAGGCCAAUGACUCUGACAUGGGACCCAAUGGAGAGGUGACCUACAGCCUCCACCAGGCAUCACCAAUUGUCCAGAGGCUCCUUAGCAUUGACCGCAACACAGGCACCAUUUUCGUCAAAGGCUUGGUGGAUCGUGAAGAUAUCAGCAUGCUCAAGUUCUACGUCCAAGCUAAAGACAAUGGUCCACAAUCAAAGAGCUCCAAAGCCCUUGUGACUAUUACAGUGAAGGACCUGAAUGACAAUGCACCCUCAAUCAGAAUCCGGGGCAUUGGCCUUGUGACGCAUGAAGAUGGUGUUGCUAACAUAUCGGAGGACAUGCCUGUAGGCACAGCUGUGGCUCUGGUGGAGGUAUCAGAUCGUGAUGAAGGUGAAAAUGCAGUUGUAACCUGUGUGGUGGCAGGGGAUGUCCCAUUCCAGCUGCGUUCAGCUAGUGAAACAGGCAACGACCGCAAGAGGAAAUACUUCCUCCAGACAACCAUGCUGCUGGACUAUGAGCGGAUCAAAGACUACAGGAUUGAAAUUGUGGCAGUGGACUCUGGCAACCCUGCACUAUCCAGCACAAAUUCCCUGAAGGUGCAAGUGACAGACAUGAAUGACAACUCCCCGGUCUUUUCGCCCUCUUUGUAUGAGGUAGAAGUUGCUGAGGAGAACCAGCCAGGUGACAAGGUUCUUGAUGUGGUAGCCACGGAUGCCGACAGUGGGACUAAUGCGGAGCUGACAUACAGUAUUGCUGGUGGAUCAGUCCCCGAGGGGCUAUUUGAAAUUAACCCUAACACAGGAGAAGUGCGUGUCAUGAGCCAGUUGGACCGUGAACAAUUAGAUCACUAUCAAUUUCUAGUCGCAGCAGCUGAUAAAGGUGUACCAAGCUUGAGAGGAACUGCCACUGUUGUUGUUAAGGUGCUCGACAGGAACGACAAUGACCCUAAAUUUAUGCUCAGUGGUUACAGCUUUUCAGUCCAAGAAAACAUGCCACCCCUUAGUCCCGUUGGAAUGGUAACAGUCAACGAUCGUGACGAGGGCAACAAUGCUCAUGUUGAACUCUCUGUAGAACCAGACAAUGGCAAGUUUAUGAUUCAAAAUGGAACGUACACUAUACUUUCGACUAUUUCCUUCGACAGAGAAAAGGAGAGCACCUACAGUUUCCGACUUAAAGCUGUUGACGGAGGUGAUCCACCACGUUCCUCCUAUGUUGGCAUUACCAUUAAUGUUCUUGAUGAGAAUGACAAUUCUCCAUAUGUCACCAAGCCUUCAAACUCUUCAUACAAGUUCUUGGAUCCCCGCACCAGCCCAGAAACCCACGUAGAACGUGUUGAGGCGGAGGACAUGGACAUCGGUUUAAAUUCGGAGCUGGAGUUCAGUAUUGUAGGGGGCAACCCGCAUGGCUUAUUCCGCAUCUCUUCAGAAGGUGAGAUUACGUUGGCUAAAGAGUUCACAUCCAAACACAUUGGUCUCCACCGUCUGGUAGUAAAAGUUAAGGACAAAGGCGCGCCACCACGCCAUACGACCGCACUGGUUCACAUUUAUGUCAAUGAGACCAUCGGCAAUGUCUCCCACGUCGAAGGACUUGUUGGACACAGUCUUUAUACGCCACUUGAAAUGGACAUUGCAGGAGAUCCCGAUUAUUCUCGAGACCAGCAAAGUAGCAUUAUUUUUGCAGUCUUGGGUGGCUUUUGUGUGGUCGUUCUAAUCAUUGCAGUGGCUAUGAUCAUCAGGCAUGUCGUGCUGAAGGAGAAUAAAAGUGGCUACCAGGCAGGCAAGAAGGAGACCAAAGACCUCUAUGCCCCCAAACCAGGACCUAAGAGCAACAAGAACAAGAAGGCAAAGAAAAGCAAAGCUCCAAAGCCUGCCAACCCAUCUGAGGAGGAUGAGGGGGGGAGUCUCCAGAAAGGCCUAAAGUUCAACCUCAUGAAUGAUAGCGUCAACGAUAGCCCUAGGAUUCACCUGCCGCUCAACUAUCCCCCUGGGAGCCCAGACCUGGGGCGACACUAUCGGUCUAAUUCUCCUCUGCCAUCCAUUCAGCUUCAACCUCAGUCACCUUCUGCCUCAAAGAAACACCAGGCAGUGCAGGACCUGCCGGCCACCAACACCUUUGUAGGAACCGGGGACAACAACUCAACAGGCUCAGACCAGUAUUCGGAUUACAGCUACAAGGCCAACUCUUCAAAAUAUAGCACCAAACAGCUCCCACAUCGCCGAGUGACCUUCUCCACAGCCAAUCAGGCGCAAGAUCUGCAGGAUCCCUCUCAGCACAGUUACUACGACAGCGGUCUGGAAGAGUCAGAGACACCCAGCAGUAAGAGUUCUUCAGGGCCCCGUAUCGGGCCCCUUGCCCUACCUGAAGACCACUAUGAACGCACUACCCCAGACGGCAGCAUCGGAGAGAUGGAACACCCCGAGAACGAUCUGAGGCCUCUACCUGAUGUGGCCAUGACGGGAAAAUGCACACACGAGUGUACAGAAUACGGCCACUCGGAUUCCUGCUGGAUGCCUGGACAACCCUCACCCAACCACACCAAGAGUGCCAAGAGCGGGCCCAAGCUCUCCACCUUCGUGCCUUACCAGGAAAGGGAGGGUCAGGAGCGCCUGAUGGCUGACAGCAGCUCUAAGCCUCACGGAGAGGAGCGGAGCGGAGGCGGGAGCAACAAAGUGGCCAGCAUUCGCUUUUUGCCUCCCUACACUAGUGCCUAUUCUACAGGCGGCGACUCCAGCAAGGACUGCCCCAGGGAGGAGAUCCCCCUGAGUCAGACAGCCGAUUACGCCCCUGCCACUACACCCUCCAGCCAAGGCUCCAAAAGAGAAAUCUACCUGUGAUUCACCUGUCGUCCGCCUAGGUUCGAUUCCACAUUUGAUCCAAUUUACUUGUGAUCAGCAAUGCCUGUGAGAGGAU